AUGCCUGGGGGUUAUCCUUCGCCUGAACGGACACCUACUCGCUCUCGUGCUUCUCAGAGCAACAACUCGAACUGGUUUGCACCGCCACCCUCGACGCCCGUUCGUCAGUCAGUCCAGAGCGGUUCCACGCCCUCGGCGAACACUCGUAGCAAGGCCCGCGCAGGGCGAGACUCGGCCGAAACUGCCCUUCAGCAUCGCCGUAAUGCAUCUCCCAGCCACAGGUCCCAAUUGUCGACGCCUCCAACCACGCCGGCCAACCGCCCGCCUCGGAAGAAGAAUCCUGAUCUGUUGGAGCAGUUUGAGAGGGCGCAACUGUUGACUCCCCCUCCAAGUCAUGGCAGAUCAAAGGCAGCACCAAGGAGACCGCUUGCUGCUGAAGAGAGGCCGGAUGUACCCAAUACCUUUCAAUCGGGUGCAAGCUCAUCAGUUGUUCGAGAGAGACGUGAAGAGCUUGAAGUGGGCAACAUCUUCCAACAGUCAAAGUACUCAGUAUUGUUGACCCCUCCUCCGAGCCAUGCCAAACCAAAGGUUCAACAAACUCAACUGCCAGCCGUUCAGCGUGAACCUGAAGUUUCCAAUGUCUUCCAAACCGGCGACCCAUCGUUGGUUGUUAAAGAUGAGCCCGAAGACCAACAAGUUGGCAACAUCUUUCAAUCCGGCGCAUGCCGACGGAAGAAGAAAUCUGAGGAGCCGCAGAAUACAGCACUGUCGACUCCCAGUCAUGCGAAGUCGAAGGCACCGCAAGCUCAACCGCCAGCUGUUACAGAGGCACCCGAAGAGCCUGAAGUCAGGAAUAUCUUCCAGCUCUGCACUCCAACGAAGCCGAAAGCGGGGACGAAGACCCUGAAGCAAUCGCUUGCUCCUCCUACCCCUCAAGCCACCCCGACUAGACCCUCGUGCUCCGAGGUGACUCCUGCAGACACGAAGAAAGGGCGAAAGUCUACCGAGCCUUCGAUUAGCAUCGCUAGUACGGGAUCCGCUCCUCACCCGAGCGUGGACAAUGCCCUUUCCCUAGCCCAAAUCAUCAACUCUCGCAGCACUCACCCGCGACGCGUCGGCCUCUUCUCGGCCAACCGCGCUCCAGGCUGGGCUCUUGAUGCUAAAAAGGGGGACCAGCUUCCGCAGUUCUUUGAAGAUCUUCCUGAGGAAGUACCAGGGUUCGUCUCAUGGGAGUGCAUAGGGCUCUUUAAGAAUGGGCACAGUCUGCGGUAUUUCCAAGCGGAGGAUUUACAGAAGAUGCGUGCCAGGGAGUUGGGCGAAGUGUGUCCUGUACCUUGUCGAGGGUUCAUUCUGGGUUACGACAUGGGAUACGGCAAGACUGUCACGGCAAUUUCAUUGUUCUUGAGCAACCCUCCUCCGAAGAACUUCGAAGGCGCCAGGGCCACGUUAGUGGUCGUGCCAAACCAGGGCAUUAUAGACCACUGGGUCAACGAGAUCCAGAGGUUUGCGCCUCAGUUAGAUGUCUGCGAAUACCGAUCUAUCAAAGACGGACUGAGGUCCGACGCCGAUGUUGUGCUGGUUACAUACAAUCAGUUGUUCAUUCAACAUCGUGCUUUUCUCGCAGGAAAAGGGGACUGUCUCUCAGAGGAUGGGCUCGAGAUGCAGGCUCCCCUCUAUUUGGCACGUUGGUACCGAGUUGCACUAGAUGAAGCCCAUAAAGGUCGAAAUCCUGAGUCUAAGACCGCAGCAUCUCUUUGGGCAUUGCGCAAAGUGCAUGCACUCUGCAUCACUGGAACGCCUAUCCAAAACUCUCCGCUCGACCUGUACCCCCUUUUCAAGUUCCUGGGAGUAACUUACGAUGGCAUAGACGAUCUUGCGACGUUCAAACUCAAGAUUUACUCGAAGAGGCAAAAAGGGCGCAUCACUGAUCCAAAUGCGCAGCGUUUAUUGGAUACGAUCAUGCAAUACGUUUGCAUCAUCCGCAAGAAGAUGGAUCCUGUGUCCGGCCGCCCACUCGUUCGUUUACCUCCCCGCAAGGACUAUCAAAUCACGGUAAAACUUAAUCCCAACGAGAGGAAGGUGUAUGAGCAACUUAAACACUGGAGCCUGCCGAUUCUUGCGCAGCUUACUCGGAGACGACAAGCUUGUGACCACCCAAUGCUUCUCCUUCAUGGUUUGAAGAAGGCGCUUCUCAAUGAAGAAGAGCCUGAGGGCGAUGAUGAAGAAGUGCUGGAGGCGAUGGAGGUGGCCAAAUGGCCGGAGAACUUGAGGAGCAUGUUCCGCUCGAGUCAUUUGUCCUCCAAACUUCGGGAAAUGCUCAAAAUCCUCAGCACUCGCAAGCGUGGCGAGAAGACCAUCAUUUUUACCCACUUUGUCAGCUGGUUACCUGCUAUCACCAGUGCACUUGCUAAAGCGAAUAUUGCUUGGGCCGAAUACACUGGAGACCUAUCGAAGGAAGUACGAGCUGCCGCACUCGAGAGGGUUGCCACGGACGACAAAUGCACCGUCAUCAUCGUCUCAAUCAUGGCAGGCGGCGUCGGUCUGAACAUCACAUCAUGCAAUACUGUUAUUCUUCUUGAACCCUGGUGGAACCCUAUGGCUGAGGCGAGUCUUCAUUCAGUAGUGACGAACGUGCAUAUACUUACGAAAAACCGCCUUCAGGAACAAGCCAUCGCUCGCUCUUAUCGAAUCGGGCAGGAACGACCUGUAGAUGUAUAUCGUCUCGUCACGGAGGAUAGCAUCGAAGAGUCGAUCACCCAGAAUCAGAAACGAGAGAUGACCGGCAACCUCUACGAACCAGUGCCGAUCAUGACACCCCUCGACACAGCAACGCAGAAGGCUUGGGUGGAUGGACCUUGA